AUGUCUGCGCACGACUCACCGGCGGCCUGGCGGAGGCAGCGGCUGUGGCCGCAGGGAGACCCGGCCCCGCGGAGGGGCGACCCUGGGGCCGGGCCUGUGGACGACAGCCUCACCAACCUGCAGUGGCUUCAGGAGUUCUCCAUCCGCACAAGUGACCCCGAGAAGCCACCCGCAUCGGGCCCCCUGGGCCACCGGAGGGCCCUGCGGGACUCCGAUGCCCCGGCCAGCUCCCGCGCAGUGGAUGCGGCAGCCGCAGGGAUGCGCCUCUGCCCAGGGACGCCCGGCAGCGGCUCCUCGGGUCCCGUGCAGCUGCUGCCCCCCACCCCGGACACGGUGGACUACCGGACCAACGCCCAGGUGAAGCCCCCGCACUCCUACGUGACCCUCAUCCGCAUGGCCAUGCAGGCCAGCAGGGGCGCCAAGGUCCCGCUCUCCGCCAUCUACACCUGGAUCAUGGACAACUUCUGCUACUACCGCCAGGCCGACCCCAGCUGGCAGAACUCCAUCCGCCACAACCUGUCCCUGAACAAGUGCUUCCGGAAGGUUCCGCGGCAGAAAGACGAGCCUGGCAAAGGGGGCUUCUGGCAGGUUGACCCUCAGUAUGCAGACCUGCUUGCCAGCGGGGCGUGCCGGCGGGGACGGCUGCCCAAGCUGCCCUCGCUCGCUCCCGGCACACGUGAGCCCGCCUGCAGCCACGGGCCAGGGCAGGGGCCAGGGCAGGGGCCGCUUCCCCCGCGGGGCCCGGAGUCCCAGUGGCCGGACCUGCACCACCGCCUUGGCACGUGCAAGCAGCCAUCGGCCCUGGGCACCGGUGCGGUCGCCUGGACGGCCCCUGCUCCGCCUCUGGUGCCCACCAGCCAAAAGCCGGAGCUCAGCUGGGCCUCUGCGCCGGAGGACUCCUUGGCCAGUGGCAGCGGCAGCUUUGAGGACCUGGAGCUGACGGCCGCCCUGGGCGCUCUGGCCACAGGGGAGGGGGCCCUCGGGGCCCACAGCGAGCCCCUCGGGGCUCUGGGCAAGGAGGGAGCCGUGGUGGCCGACCGGGCUCUGUGUGCUGUGCCGUGGGAAGGCGAGAGCGUAGGGCCCACAGCGGUGCCCGCCUGGGCCUUUGAGGGGGGGCCCUGCCUCGCCGAGGGCUUCCUAGCAGAGAUGCAGCCAUGGGAAGGGUGA